UUAAACCAAAGAUGAAUAUUAAUGCCUUAAGGGACCUUAUUAGAGACUAUACACAAGCUUUUGAUCAGAUGGACAUUAACAAGAGGCUCUUGGACAGCAAGAUCACCAAGAAAUCUCUCGAGGAUCUGCUCCACCAUAAAGACACAGCUAAGAGCAUGGCAACGUAUGGAGUGAACAAGAUAUUUCAGCCUGAGAAGGUGUCUAAUAUUGCAUUUGAUCUGAACAAAUUUGAGAAGCUGAUCCUUGCUUGCUCAAUUGUUUAUAUCAUGUUCUGGUUCCUGUUAGAUUACAACAUAAUCUAUGCGCUUCACAACAUAGCUAUUGUAGCCUUCUUACUCGGGACUAAGAAGUUAGGAAUGCAUCUUGACAGAAAGGCAGAGUCCAUCUCUGAAAAGACAGAGGAAAACAAACCAAGUCUUGACUAUAUUGUCAAGAGAGAAGGCAGAAGAGUCAAAAUUGAAGAGACCGAUAUUGUAGUUGGAGAUCUCAUAUAUCUCAAAGCAGGAAUUCGAAUUCCUGUAGAUGGAUUCAUGGUCACAGGUAAUAGUUUGAUAGUUAACGAGUUCGCUAUCUCUGGAGAGCCACAGAACCAUGUGAAGAAGAGUAUUGAAAACUGCAAAGGAGAUGCAACUUGUCCAGUCCUCCUUUCCCAUACACAUGUGGUUAAUGGGUGUGGCUGGAUGAUAGCUAUUUCUAUUGGAGAUAAAACCACUGGAUAUGCAAAACAGUGAGUUGAGGCUCAUCAAAGCUUUAAGGAAGACUUUUUCGAAACAAUUUCCAGAACAAAGAUAGAGUUCCUCUACAUUGGUUACAGCAAAGUGUUUAGAAAUGUUUUGAUCCUGACUGGGUUGAUGAUACCAAUCCUUUGUGUUGCUUUUCUGUACCGAACAGAGGGAGCACACUCCAUUGUCGUACACUGCUCUAGAUAUUUCUUCCAGGCAAUAAUGAUUGUUUACUUCAGUCAGCAAUUUCUAGUCGAGAAAGCUUAUGAUAAGUACUUCAAAUAUUGCUGCUAUGAACUUUCCAACAUUGGAAUUUAUCUGAAUAAACCGGAGUGUUUUGAAGAAGUGCAAAAGAUUAAAAGAAUUGUUGUGAACAGACAAUGACUCGGCUGCAAUGAAUACAUCCUACAAAAGCUAUGGCUAGGGAAUGAGAUCGCUGAGUUUGAGCAAAACUUUGAUGACCUUGAAAUCACCAAACCUCUGCAGGCAGAUGAGGAGACAGUUGAGAUACUGACUCAAGCUUUGCUAGGAAAUAUCGACGAGGUAAUUCCCAACAAGAUUGAUAGAUCCUUUGUGAGAUUCUUGGUUUCUAUUGUUGGGAUAACUGAAGAAGAACUUUCUGACCAAAUUGCAAAUCAUUAUAAGCAAUCAAACUUUAGAUCCUUCCCUAACUCUGAGAAUAAGAGAAUGAUGACCUUGAUCGACCAACCUUCUGGUGAUAAGAAGUUACUGAUCAAAGGUUCAUUCGAGGAUCUUUAUAGGCAAUGCACCUACUAUGUGGAUGACGAAGGGAAUUCUAAAAAGAUUGAUAAUGAUGCAAGAGACAGGAUCAAAAAUUCUAUCAUUGAUGCAUCGUCAGAGAGUACUAUAGCUAUUUGAAUCUGCACAAAGGAUAUAUCUAGAGAUGACUUGAACCCUCAAAAGGAUAACCAUGAUAGUGGAGGCCCGUCAGAAGAAGAAUUUGAAGAAUUCUUGAAUGAUCAGGCUGACUUGACCUUGGUCUCAGUAGCUUUAUUCAAAAAUCCAGUGAAUAUCUGGAUUCCAUCUUGUAUUAGUAAGAUUCACAAGACAAAAGUGAAAACUCUCCUAGUCAGUAGCUCGGCCACUGCUAGCUAUUAUGCUAAUGAGUGUGGAAUCAUUUCUGAAGGACAUGAGAACGAGGAGAUUGAAGCAAAGGAUUUUUAUGAGAAAGCUCAGAACAACAGGUUUUGGCUGGAACACCAUCUGAAUCAUAUAAAGGUUUUAUCAAAUGCAAAUGCUAUCCACAAGCACUAUCUAACCGAGUGCUUGCUGAAUUUUAAUGAAGAUACUAUCAUGGUCUCUAAUAAGCCAUGCGACUUAAAGUCUAUCAGGAGAGCCCAAAUUGGUAUCUCAAGUUUAGAAAUCGACAACUCUAUGCUAUUUGAUGAUUCUUCCAUUGUACUUUCAAAGAGAGGGUUUCUGGAGGUCCAUAAUCUGUUCAAGUACGCUACAUAUAUGGAAGAAUGAACUAAGGAAUCAUACAUUUACUGAAUAGGAUCGAUACUGAGCAUGACUAUUCUGAGUCUAGUAUUUGCAAUAUGUAAAGGAGAUACUCUAUUCGAACCAGUCCAUUACAUGAUUUUACUAGCGCUAGAGAUCGGAAUUUCAGAGUUCCUAUUUACAACUAUUGUCGAAUCUGAAGAAAUAGCAAAUGAGCAGAUUGAUAGCGAGGAUCUGAUUAAGGGAUACUCUUUAGAUGAAAAGUCAAGGAAGACUAUGAUGUACCACAUCUUUUAUACAGUUCUUGUCCCAAUAGCUGUUUUGGUAUUUAACAUACUUUCUAAGGGCGAAUCUUAUUAUAUUGAUAAGCAAGUGAUAGAUUCAAGAUUGCAGAAUGGAAUUCCAGAGUUAAAUAGUUUCAUAUUCAUUUUCAUAUUGAUCUCAAGACUUUGCUGCUUAUUGAACUUCAGAUGCAAAAGUGUACAAUCAUGGCUAGCUGUGAUACAGAGAAAAGAAUUUUUAGUGAUCUUCUUCUCAAUCCUACUGGUAAUCUUCUCCCCCUAUUUCAGUAUCUAUGCAGGAUAUUUCUUACAAGUUGCUCCAAUCAGCUUGUUUAUGCUAUUGAUUGCAGUAGCACUUGGUUUUGGUACACUUUCCCUCAGACUGCUUACUACCGGACUUAGGGUACUUAAGGACAGCAAAGGUUUUAAGCUUGAGAGCACUAGAGAAAUGCAGAGGCUUGACUUUACUAAUGACUUCGAUUAAUUGUGGACUAUUCAACAGGGAA